AAUGGGUUGGCAAAACAUUUAUUAAUCGUAAUUGCGUUAACAUUUGCAGCAACUAGUUUAAUUGCACAAAAGAUAAAACUGAAAGCCGGUGAGACUUGCAAUCCGUGCCAAUUUGAAUCCUGCAGCUGCCAAAUGUGGUCCGAGUGCAAUCCAUUACGAGACUUGCCUGUGGCUAAUAUAACAUUUUGUAAUCGAAGGAAGGGCAUUGUUUGCUGUCCAGACGAGCCAAAGGCACCAGAGGAUUUUCAGCCACUAUCACCAGCUGAGGUCGCCUGCAGUGAUUUCGCAAAAUCUGCACCGGCCAAAUGUCCGCGGCCCUUUAUAGCCGGUGGUGAAUUGGCAAAAUCAGGCGAAUUUCCGCCGGCUGCUUUGUUGGGUAUAUUCAAUUCAAAAACUAAUAAAACCAAUUGGAUUUGCGGUGGUACGCUGAUCAGUGAACGCUUCGUCCUUACAGCGAGUCAUUGUACUCUGCGUGGCUCGCCAAAUAUCGUACGCCUUGGUGAUUUGGAUUACAGCACAACGCUCGAUGAUGUGGGACUUCAGGAGUUUUCCGUACUAAAAGUCAUAUCCCACCGGCAAUUUUCACUACAACGUUAUUUCGAUAUAUUGUUAUUGGAAUUGAAUGGCACUGUCACAUUCACCACAUAUGUCUUACCUGCGUGCAUUCUGACGCCGAAUUUGAUGAAAUACCAUACUGGUCAGUAUUGGGCCGUUGGCUGGGGGCGCGUUAAUGAUUCGGCAGUUUUCUCUCAGCAAUUGCGUCGCGUUCAAUUGAAACUUCAAGAAGAUUGUAAUGAGAUCGCCACCGAAUCGUAUGAUUUGGAACGUGGUCUACUCGAACGUACACAAUUCUGUGCUGAUGGGGAAACCUAUGACACUUGCAGUGGUGACUCAGGUGGACCGUUACUUGUACCAUUCCCACACAACCAGGAACUGUACAGAUGUAUGCAUAUGGUGGCCGGCAUUGUAUCGAGAGGGCAGGAACAUUGUGGUAUGGAAGAGUUGCCUAGUAUUAAUACAAAUGUUACGGCUUUUCAAAAGUUUAUUGAAAAUUUUGUAUGGCCAUCAAAUGAGUAAUUUUAUGAAUUUAAAAACUAUUGUUGUCUCUCUUAAUAAAGUUUACUAAUUGGAAAU